AAUCAACACUGCAGCCAUCCUCUCUUCUCAAUCUCAAACAUUUCCCCCGUGGCGCACGCCAAAAUGACACCCACAUCACAUCAGUCAAAUUUACCCAUCCAGCUACCUACCUUACUGUGUUGCAACGAGAAUGGAAGGGUGACACCCCCCGGUGAGCCGGGCACCUCCCAAACAAACACCCUCCAUCCAUUCCCACCACAUGCUGUGAUGUAUAUUGCUUACCUCUUCACGUCAUCCAAUCGCAUCACUUCUUCUUCGUCCUCUCUCUUUCCCGUGCGCCCAUCCUCUCCCACCAAACAUACGCUGUAGGACCCACCGUAAUUCCCGGGCGCCUAAGCACCACUGCGGCACAGCCCGCCCGUUGAUCCCCGAACGCGGGCAGGUGCAAAUCUCGGGGUCUUCGGGAUUGCUUGUUGGGAGGAGGAGGGGCCCGGGGGGGAUCUCUGCUGCCCGCACCGCACCGGUCACUGUUCACAAAAUCCCACAACAAGACUACGCCACCAAACGGUCCGAAUUCCCUGAAGCACGUGUUUCUCCCCCCUGACAAGAAAGCGGGAGUGGCGCCAUAACUGCCGGAAGGAUCUGCGUUGGCCAGGGGGGAGAGGGAGGAAGAGCCUUAUGGGGCAGGUUGUAGUAGACUGUGCCUCUUGAGACGUUGCGGUGGAUGUUACCGGAGUGUUGGGUGAUGGACUGGGAAUGAAACUCUCGAGCAGAAUUGAUCGCUGGCUGCAACCGAGCGAGACACCGAGCUGGUUGGUGAUGGGCUUCUGUAAUGGAAGGGUGACACUGGGACGAACGGCUCACUGGUGUUGCGUUCGGAGGGAGGGGAAUCGAUAUCACGUCGGCGGGUUCGUGUGUCUCAUCUUUGCUUGGUUUGCGGUUGUUGGCACCGUCAGCCGUGAAACCCGGUGUGCGUGGCUUCUGAGGUUUGUCCGUGGCUUGUUCACCGGUGGUACACUGUAGCAUCCAACGGUUUGUGAAGCCUAGGCGGAAACCAAUCCCGGGGGGCGUAGCAGGGCACCCAGGCCCCCAUGUACCGUGACUUGUGCUGCCUGUACCUACCCAGGUUGCCGCGUUCAUCUAGGCACAGCCAGAUCGAUCCCUAGAAUCCUUUCAACCAUCAUGGGCCAAGGUCAUGUCAUCGGGACGAACUUGGUUCCAUAAAUGGACGGCAGUGUCUCCAUUCGUCCGUCAGUUGGUGAUGGUUUGCUGAGGCGGCGCAGGAGGUGUUCGCUGCUGCGACGGCUUAGUUCGGUUCUGGGUGACACGGUGGUGACGCUUUGUUUGGAAACAAGGCACAGGUAGGCAGGCAAUGAGCAAGCGGGCAGAUUUUUGCGGUGCUGGGUUGCCAUCGCCGGGUAGCGGUGGUUCUUGUAUGCGUCGUCGGCUUUCCUCUCGAGCGGAUGCUUGAAAUCCCUAUCAUCAUCAUUAGACCAGACUGUCACCGCACGCAAGUCAGCACCGAAUUUUGGGAAAAUUGUUCGCUCAGCUUUGCCUCAUUCUUUCUUUUCCACCUUUGAUACCUACUCUGAUUCCAAGCAUCAUGUCCAUUCUUGGACUCGUCACGCUUUCCCAAGCGGCCGUUGUUGCUGCGGUUUGCUUCGUCGUCGGCCGAGCGCUGUACAACGUCUUCUUCCACCCGCUAGCCGUGUUCCCAGGACCACGGCUGUGGGCCUCGUCUCGGGUACCAUAUGCCGCCAACCUCGUUCGCGGCCGGCUGCAUCACCGGAUCAAGCAACUGCACGACCAGUACGGCCCGGUGGUGCGGAUAGCCCCCGACGAGCUGUCCUUCACCCUCGACGGGGCCUGGCACGACAUCUACUGCGGCGGCUACGGCAACAAGGGCUUCCCCAAGCACGACGCCUACCGCAACGCCCAGACUUUUGUCUCACUCUUCGAUGCCGACGAUGAGAACCAUACACGCCUUCGCAACCUCCUCGGCAAGGAGUUCUUCUCGCUAAACUCUGCCCGUCGCCAAGAGCGCAUCGUGCAGGAGUACACCGCUCUGAUGAUCAACCAGCUGCGCAAGCAAUAUGUCGAGACCAAGCAGCCGGCAGACAUGCGCGAGUGGUACAACUUCUUGACGUUUGACGUGGCGGCGAGGGUGACGCUCAGCGAGGAUUUUGGCUGCCUGGAGAAGAGGACGUAUCACCCUUGGAUCGAGAUGGUAUUGACACACUUUAAACUGUCAGCGUUGUUGAUGAUCUCGCGGUUUUAUCCUCCUUCGUCUUCCUUGCUUUUCACCCUAGCACCAGCCAGACUUAUGGAGAUGAGAGAUACUUUUAUCAGGCUUGUGCGGGAGAAGAUUGAGCGUCGAAUGAACCGCACUCUUCCGCCCGAUGACAACGAUGAUUUCGUCACUGCUGCCCUGGGCAAGGGGGUUGAAAAGGGGCUGACGAAGGACGAGCUCGAGGCGAAUUGCAUCUUGCUUCUGUUGGCCGGGAGCGAAACCAUGACGACGUCGCUGCUGGGGGCUACGCAUUACCUGUGUGAAAACCCCGCCGUCUUGCGUCGGAUAACGGCCGAGGUUAGGGCAACCGUCACAUCCGAGGAGCAGCUUACCUUUGGGUUCAUCACGGAGAACAUGCCUUACCUCAAUGCUGUGCUCAAGGAGACGCAGAGGCUGUGUCCACCGGUCGCGAACGGGCCUGCUCGUGUGGUCAACAGGCCUGGCACCAUGAUUGCUGGGUUCCCUGUUCCGGAAGGGACCGCUGUUGGUGUUACUCAGUUUGCGGCAAACCGCCAGACGUCGAACUUCACUCGCCCCAACGACUUUGUGCCCGAGAGAUGGUUGUCAGUGGAGCAGGCGGGGCAGAUUGGUGAAAAGAUUGGCGACAGCGCUCUUGCGCAAGAUGUCGAGCAGUUUGCGGGGGAUGUGCGCAGCGUUGUUCGUCCGUUCGUGGUCGGCGGCCGCGACUGCAUCGGACAAAACCUCUCAUGGGUCGAGUUUCGCGUUGUGUUGGCUCGGAUUCUGUGGAAUUUUGACAUGGAGGUGGUCAGGGAGGAGAAGUUUCCAUCGUUUAACCAGUGGACAGAUCAGAAGGCGUUUGAGCUUUGGCAGAAGGAACCUUAUCAUGUCAGCUUGACAGAGAGGACAAGUUUGUAAUAUUUUCUCGUUUCUUCGGUUUAAGUUAAAGGAAUAAAAUAGCCUACAGAAUUCUGCAGUCGGGGA